GAGACUCCAAGACAUUUACCAAACUAUGUGGCCACUCAUGAAAUUAAAAAGCCCAUAAGCAGUGUUCCAGGAGUUUGCAGCAGUAAUGAGACUACUAAGGCUGUUUUCUCUAAGUCUGUGAUUCUGUGUGCUGACAGUGAUGCAGAUGAAGAUAUCCAGGUCCAGAACCUGCUGCAGAGUAAACUUUGUGUUGCACCUGGAAUAUUUCCAAUGAUGCCUUGUAGUGAACGUGUAGUCUUGGAAAACUUAAGUAAUGCUGUGAAUGGCUCAGCGUGGACCAUUAUGCUAUUGACGAAUUCUUUCACCUCCCUUGUCAAUGCUCUUAACAGCAUAAAUUACAACUCUGUGAUACCUCUGAGGGCUGUUAAUGCACUGUAAGAGGAUAGCCCUGACUUUGAAAAACAAGUGGAGAAAAUUUUCUAUGAGUCUACAUACAGGCAACA